AUGUUGAAAUUAAUGCGAAUUUUCACGAUUGUCGGAAGAUUUAAGAGGAAAAAUUUGCGAAAUCGAACACCUUCGAUCAAUAUUGAAGCAAUCGAUUGGAAUUUUACGAAGAAAUCUGAUGAGAAAUCGAAGAUUCGGAAGAAAUGUGUGAGUUUUCACAAAGCAAUUCGUUGGUUCCUUUUACUCCUCUGUUUCCUGUCAAUUUAUCCCGUUUCUGGCAUAAUGAACAACGAUCCGCGUCGUUUGUCAUACCGAAAGUUCUCUUUUCGCUUCUUUUUCUCGAUGAUUCUUCUCUCCUUCGCAACUUUCGAGACAAUUUGCAUCACAAGAACUUUUUUCAUGAGUCACGGAGGCGUUUUGCGAGCAACAGGCGUCGUUUUUUACUUUUGUGCGACAUUGUCGUUGUAUCUUUUCCAUGCGGUGGCACGAAAAUGGCAUGAUUACAUUUUGUAUUGGAAGAAACAUGAAAAAGUCUUCCUCAGUGAACCGUAUCCGAUGCCGAAAUAUAAUUUGGAGAAAUUAUUGACAAGAAUCGGAUGCGUUUCGCUCGGAAUUGGAUUUGUUGAACACACUUGCUUCAUAACGGGGGAGUUUUUGAAGAGUUACAGGACAAUUGUAUACUGUAAUGCAACAGCUCGAGUCAAUCUCGUCGCCCUGUCGUACUUCAAACACAAAAAUCACGUGAUACAAGUGACGGGAUUCAGUAAUUGGUUGAUUCCAUUGCUUGAGUGGACCAACUUUAGCAUCACUUUGGCAUGGAAUUCAGGCGAUAUUUUGAUCUCCGUUGUGUCUAUAGCGCUUAUCACGCGUUUCCAACAGUUCAAUAAACGUUUGCGGAAUGCCUUUGAUGAAAAAAUUGAUCUUACAGAAGAUGAUUGGCGGGAACUUCGUACUCAUUAUGGACUUUUAGUUGACUUGACACGCAAAACUGAUAAACUUUUGGCAAAUUUCAUCUUUCUCUCGUGUUCGAACAACUUGUAUUUCAUCUGUACAUUCCUUUUUCAUAUCGGCGAUGAACGUUCUGACAUAAUUUUUCACGUGCAACAUUGGAUAACGACAAUUUAUCUCAUUUUACGCACAUUUAUGGUUCUUUAUUUGGGAGCUUCAGUGUAUGAAACAUCUCGACGCAUCUUACCAACGAUAAAAUCCGUUCCCGCAAACAAGUACAACAUUGAAAUAAAGCGUUUUUUGGAUCAAAUCGCUGCUGAACCUGCAAUUUUAUCGGGACAUGGGUUCUUUUUCCUCACAAAACCGUUGAUUUUAGGGAUGGCAGGCGUUAUCGCAACUUACGAGAUAGUUUUGAUGAAUCAACUCAAAAGAUUGCCUCCUGAAGCCCCAAAUUGCUCAUUUUCGGAUCUCUAA